UGUCGCGAUGGCCUGUGUGUUUGUGUGUGGGUGCGCGGAUGUGUAACCGUGUCAUAAAACUUCGGUCAUCAACAACCGUUCCGGACUUAAUAAAUAGUAGUCCGUGUUGAUUUUCUGAUUAGGUACACAGUGUGGCUUGAUUUUGACUCGUUGCUUGCCACUAGUCUUUCUUUUCUUUUGAAAUUAGCACACACAGACACACUGGGAUAUGUUGUUAUCACACCAAGACAAGAGGAGACUACUUCUGUGAGGACUUAACCAGCAAGUGGCUGGUGCUGCUAUUCGAGUAUACCCAUGAGUAGAUUAGCAGCUGUAGCAUCCUAUUAGAUCGGCGGAGUAGAAGCACAAUUUUACUGCACAUGUUUUGAUCCGUCGAAUCAUGACAAUGUUUCGUAUCUACAGCUUUCUGUUCUUAGCUGCUCCAGUCACUGUACUUUUUAUGCCUGCUGGGAUCAGCUCAUCAAUGUGUUCAGAUGAUCUCAGUGCAAUCAGCGUUCCAUCCACGAUAGAAGAACACACCAUGGCAGGUACAUUGAUAAGGAACAUCACCACAAGCAAUGAUCUGGAACUGGACCAAAUGCCAUACUUUGAAGUGGUCAAUGGCAGCCUAUUUACUACUAUAAACUUCACUGUCGAUGGAGAACAGAACCAGAAACUCUGUCAAGAGGUAUCCACAACAACUUUUGUUGCCCAACUAAAGUGCAAGGGAGAGCCGUCGAUGGCUACUAUGAUUAUCAUAUUCCAAGCAAAAGACGACUUUGAUCCAGUUUUGCCCCAAACUUUUGUUCAAGGCAUCAAUGUUACUGAGAGGACACCAAGAAACACUGUGGUAUUGGAUUUUAAAAAUUCCAUUUAUGCAGCCACAGAUGAAGAUUGUCUUGUCAGUGAAAUGAUUUACUCCAUUUCAGACUCUUCAAAGAUGUUCGUAAUUAAAUCCAAUUCACUCUUAACACUAAUCGGUGACUUGGAUUAUGAGACUUUGCCAGAAACGCCUUCAAAUGGUGCCAAGCAGAUUUAUGUCAAUAUUACUGUAACAUCAGUGCCUAAUAGUGGGCAGGGAACAAUUUAUAGGAGCACUUGGAAACUUCUUACAAUUAAUGUGAUGGAUGUUGAUGAUGAGAAGCCAAUUUUUGAUAGCACAGAUUUCCAGCUACAUGCCAAUGAAUCAACAGAUUUAUCAACACAAUGGUUGAAAAGUUCACCACGUUUAAAUGCUCAAGAUGGAGACAAAGGAAUCAACACUACAAUUAAUUAUUCUAUAACAAAUAUUGCUCCACAAGAUUUACAAAUCGAAAUAAACAAUAGCACUGGAGAUGUUCGCAUUUUAUCAGUUCUGGACAGAAAUAAAAUUAGUGAAUACAUUAUUACCGUAACAGCCUUUCAAGUGGAUAACCCUUCUAUGUCAUCUAAUGCUACUUUAAAAAUAAUUGUGGAUGAUGUGAAUGACCAUAGACCAGAGUUUAUCACACCGACCAAUGAGAUUCACAUGAAUGAAGAUGCUCCUAAUGGCUACUAUGUCCUUCCACUGUCUGCUAGAGAUCUUGAUCAGGGGGACAAUGCACUAGUAAGAUAUGUCAUACAAUCGGAUGAUACGAGUGCUUUUAGUAUUAAAUAUGAAAAUACGACAUCAACAUCAUGGCUCAUUGUUGGAAACUCCACAGCUUUACGUGGAAAAGAAAUAGCUCACAUCAAGGUAGAACUAAGAGAGGUAACUCCAGCUUAUGGCAAACUUUGUGAUUACAUCACCACUUGUCUGGCUAGUAUCACUGUCUAUAUAGAUGAUGUCAAUGACCAUAGUCCUGAGUUUAGUCAAAGCCUCUAUGAAUUUAAUGUCCAGGAAGGCAGUCAGCCAAACACAGUAAUUGGAAAAAUAAGUGCUUCUGAUGCUGACAAAGGAGAUAAUGCUAAACUAGGUUAUAGUUAUUUCUUGAUUAGUUCAACUUUCAACUGUAAGCAGCUGAUGGUAGAUAACAUCUCAGGGGAAAUAAUCAUGAAAAUACCAAUCCUGAGUGAAUCAGUUUGCUACCUUACUGUCACAGCUUGUGACAGCCCAGAAAACAUUGCAUUAAAAAAGUGUUCGACAGUCCCUGUAACUGUGGUCAUCAAAUCAAGUGGAACUAACUCCACCAUAAUACCUGACUACAAUGUGUCUGUAUCUGAAAAUGUUCCAGUGAAUACACCUGUAACUGUACUACCAUUUACUGGUUUAACAACUAACUCCACUGAUUUUAAUAUACAAGCUGAUGUCUUGUAUACAAGUAAACUUUUAGACAGAGAGGCGCAGGACAACUACAAUGUCUUUUUCUUCAGUGGCGCUUUGCAAAGUUCUGUGUUCUUCAAAAUGACUGUCAUAAUUGAAGAUGUAAAUGAUAAUGCUCCAAAGUUUUCCAAUGAUGUUUACUACUUACUGCUUAAAGAAAAUGCUACCAUUGGUCAAGUGUUACUACAGAUCAAUGCAACAGAUGCUGAUCUCAAACAAAAUGCAGAACUGAAGUAUUCUUUACUAUCAGGAAGAGAGUUUUUAAGCAUUGAUGAGAAAAUGGGCCAAAUAAAACUAACUAAUAUUCCUGUUGACAAAGAAAUUAAUGGUACAGGCUAUACUAUUUUAGUCACUGACAGUGGACUUCCUCCUUUACAAAGUACAGCUAUAUUAAAGGUAUAUAUCCCUCGUUUUAAUGAAACUGCCUAUGUGGAUCUGCCAGUAGAUAAAGACAAAUUAAUGGCUGAUCGUGAAAAUGUUGGACAAAAACUAGAAUCCUGUCUUGGUGUUAAAGUGAAAAUUUUAAAUAUUGAAAGUCUUUCUGAAAUAUCCAUUAUGGGUUCAAGAGUUUACAUAACUGCAUCUACUUUACAAGGGAAACAACUUGAUGCUACAGGAUUGAAUAGUUUGAUAAAAGCUAAUGCUGAGAAAAUUUACUCACAAUUCAAGAAUGCUGAUGAAUCCACAUCCAAUGCUUAUUUGGGUCCCUUCAUUGCAGUGUUAGUUUUGGCAGUAUUAUUUCUGAUAAUUACCAUUGUAAUGUCUAUUUGUUUGCGAAAGAAACAAAAGAGACUUAAAAGACAGAAACAGCUUUUUGAAAAGUUAAACAAGGAUACCUCAAUCUAUGACUCUACACGCACACACACUGAGUCUAGAACAGAGCUAAUGCAUAACAACAGCAAUCAUGAAUAUGCAAACAACCACAGAGAUACCAGUCUUCCCCAACUUGACGUGGCUUUUGAAAAUCCAACAUUUGUACCUGAUACUGAAGAUGCACCACAUGCCUCUGAGUCAGCCACUAACACCAACAUUCCUGAUAAUAUAAGUGCUUCAAGUCAUGGCUCUGAUGAGCAUGAUGGCACCACAGGACAAACAACUAGAGUGUCUACUCCUCCUCUAAUAAGCUCUAACAUAAAUGGAACACUUUCAGACAGCUCCAGCCUCAAAGAUUCUCCUGAUGCAGGUCAGAAACGUACCUUAAGCCGAGGACCCAGUGAAACUGACAGUGGAGUACCUGGCAUAGGAGGAAACUUUGAUGAAAUUGAUUCUGAUGAGGCGGACAAAGAAGUUGCUGACAUUUUAACCCAAAACCUUGAUGAUACAUAUGCACAUGUCAAGAAAACAGCUAAGCUACCCAUAACAAAUUCACCAACACUAUCAACAACCAGUGAUACAAAAUUAGAUACAAGCUACGUAGAUAUUUAUGAACCAGAACCUGACUAUGCUAAAAAAGUUCAUUUCCAUGAAGAGCCUAAGAAAAGUAAUUCAAAGAGGGGGUCGAUAGACAGUAACAAAGACAGAUUAGAUGAGGAGAUUAUCAUUUCUAACUCAGCUAUAGAAGAGGAAUUUUAUUUUGGUGACACAGAAAUUACUGCAUUAUAGUGAGAACUGACUUUGCAAUACUUUUCUAAUGUGUAUUAUAUGCUAUUCAUUGUUCACAUGUGUUUUCAAUUAGAAUGAAAUUUUAUUAAAUAAUGAAUAACUGCAAUUAAAAAUUAACAUCCAAAAUGUACUGUUCACUCUUUCCCCUGUACAGUAAUAUCAUUUCAAUCAUUAUCAUCAACAUUUUUUUAAGUCAGAGAUUGAGGAACUAAAAUUAUACUUUUCAAAAGUCCUGGAUUAAAAAAUCCUGCAAUUUUAAGUAAUGCAUCCUAUUUCAAUGUCAUCUGCAAUUUAUUUCCCCCAUUUGUUGAAUUUUUAUUCCAUAAAUCAUGGACAAGCUUAAAAACAUAUCCAAAUAUUGAACCAAAUAUUUGAAAUUCACUGUUUGUGUAACUGUUGAAGCAUUUUACCAAAUGCAUUACAAGUUAAAAAGUAUUAAAUAUUUUGUUCCAUAAUGAAAACAAAAAUGAUUUAACAUUUAAGACUUUAUUAUACCCUGAAAGAUGGAUAUUAUAAAGGCACAUCCUGAUCUAAUGUAAACAUGGGUUUCAAAGCUGGUGUGACCCAAAGGAUUUCUAACAAAGUCAGCUCCAACUCACAGAGUUUCAGGAACUGUUGGAAGUAAACCAUAGUUUGAAAUACCAAUGCUUAAGCAUUUUAUUUCUGAUGAUUACUUAAAUUAUGUCUCAAAAAGACUUAGCAAUUCAAAGCAUGGAGGUUAAUAAUUUUACCAGACUCUGCCCAAACUUUUAUGGACAUCCAAUCUCCUCAUUUAUCCCUUCAUUCAGAUAAAUGACACUGUAACAUAAAAUCAAUGAUUUGUUUAAUCAUUUUUAUAGCAAGAAUUGUUUGUAGAAUUUUUCCGUUUUUUUUACCAUCUUUACUUUCAAGAUAUUCUUUAACAAACGUAAGUUUUAAUCUUUCUUUGUUGUCUUUCUAGAUUUGAAUGGGGCUACAGAUAUUAUUCUAACUCAUGUCAUUUUCUAGCAUUUUUGUGAUGAAAUUUCAUUAAUUAGAAAGAAGCAAAAUAUUUUUAAGAAAGUUAAAAAAAAAAAAAAGCAAAGCAUGUCAAAGGGUAAUAACUCUGCAUUUACUACUAAUUCUUUUACAAAUGUGGAAGUUAUUUUUCCAGUCUAUAUUAAGCAAAAUAAUUAAUUGCCAAUAAUUAAUAGACUAAUUGGUUAGUUUCUUAAUUGAUUUAUGUUUUGUUAGGUACAACAAAUAAUUGUUUCCAAUUUCAACUUGAUCCGAUAAAGGCUGUUGGAGAAAUAAUGUGUUCAAUUAUUUAAGGGGGGGGGGGGGGAACUCUAUAUAUAUUUAGCCAUAUCUCUGAAUACUAAAUGAUCAAUUUUCCUUGUUUGUAUCAAACCAGUAAUAAAUUGACUAAUUGGUAAUUUCUUUUUAAUUGAUUAAGUCUUAUCUAUGCCAAUAAAUAAAUUGCCAAAUUUCAACUUGAUCCCUGAAUGGCUAUGUGAGAAAUAAUAUGUACAAACUUUUUAACAGACAGACAGACAGACAGAAUGAGUUGAUAUAAGCUUUCUAAAAAUCUAUUUCUGUAACAAAUUUUCUAAUGAUAUGGCAAGUUAGCAGCUGUCCUCUGACUGGUAUAAAAAUCUUCAGUUUCAAUGCCUACUUCCAUAAUUACUUAAUGUUCAAGCUUAGGCCUAUAUGUUUUCAUAUUUUGUUGUAUUAGUUUUUUCUUUUUUUUUUUAUUGAAGCCACUAAUUUUCAUCCAAUACAUAAAAGUCAAAAAUGAAAAAAGUGAAUAAUUUAUGUCAACAAGUUUUCAUUACCCCAUCCAGCUGAAAUUUCACACAUAAAUUAAUUCUUUUAAAAUUUCAGAAAUACCACUUUGUAAAUUAUUGGAUUAAUAAUUUUUUUUUAUUAAUCAAGAUUCAUUUUUGGCAGCCAUUUUUAUUUUCUAUUCACUUUUGAAUGUAAUGUCAUUUUUUUUUCUCUAUUUUGUAAUUAUAUAAAUAGGAAAAUUGAAAAUACAGAGAAGAGUCACUUUCAAAUUUACCACUUUAAUGUACUGUAUGCAGUCAUUACGAAGAAUAAAAGUUGAAUGUUUAGUUUACUAUAUUAGUUUUACAUUUCUUUUCUAUUACUUGUUUAGUGUUUCAGAGUAGUACUGAUAGGUCAAAAUUUUAGUGAAUUUUUUAAACACUCUUAUUAACAUAAUUGAAUCUUGUAAGUAGUAAAGGUAAUUGGUGGACUCAGAUUUUUUAUGUGAUUAGUGCUUGUAAUAAGGAGUUGUAUUUUGAUCAAUCAUGUGUUAUUAUCAUUAUUUGCUUUCUUUGUUGUUUCCUGAUUGUACAUAAUGAUCAUUUAAAAGCUUUAGUAAAUAUUUAUCUAAGUUCUGUUUAAACAGAGUUUAUUUGCAGAAAAAAAUAUUUCUUGGAGUAACUUCAAGUGUAAAGAUAGAGACAUAUCUUGUUUUAGAUGGAUAUUUUCAUUAAUAUUAUUAUUUUAACAUUUUUAAUAUUGGAACUGUAAACAUAAUAGCUUUUUGUGUCAUAUGUUGAGGUUUUGUUUUUUGAUGGAUGGAUUAGGACUUAUGAGGGCUGAGUGGGCACAGCAUGAUCUGAAGUGUGCCUAAUAACAAGACCUAACAAAAACUUCUAUUCCUAUUUUAAAAAAUAUGACUUUUGCCUUAUUCACUCAAUCUUCCUAUUUCUUAUUUAUUUUAAAUCACUUUUUUUUUUUACUCAUGUCUUAUUGAAUGGACCUGGGACUUGACCUUCCUUUAAUAAAUCUAAUAAAUAAUAAUGAUUUUGUCUUACUCUUAACUCUAGAAAGGAAUUCAAUUGUAUAUGGAAUGCAGUUUAAAGUUUUUUCUUGAAUUCCCAACCUCUUUUAUUACCUGUCUCAUUUGUUCAUCUUCUGAUUUCCUUAUCAAAAAUAGAAUCACACAUACAAACUAUUGAGCAUUAGACUGAUGGUUUAGAGAUCAAGUUUGCUUAUGGAUUCUGUUUGAUAUUUUCUCUGUAUUGGAGGUCUGUUCUUACAUUGUUAAACUAACACUUUCAUGAUAGUUUAAUAUAUAGAUUUUCAUUUCACUGUUGGCUACCAAAACGGGUGACUUACCACUAGGUUGUUUGUGUAUUAAAAAAUAUUUUCAUGUAUAAUUGCAAAUAAUUGCUACUUUGUUGAUCUAUCACAUAAACAAUUCCAAUGUAAAUAACUGUCAAAUAUGUUAAUAUCACAUAUCUACCAAUGGUCACAUAUUUUAUAGACUUUUGAACUGAAUACGAUACAAAUGAUGAUGGUAAAUAUAUUAUGAAUAAAAAUAACCUUUCAGA